ACACACACACACACACACACACACACACAGGCACACAGGCACACAGGCAAACACAGAUCGAGGCAGAUGCACAAGCGAGGCAGCAGUGAAACGCUUCACCGCAAUGGAGCAACGAUGACCAAGCUCAGAUUGGACACAUUUACAAGUUUGUGCAAGACAAAGUACACCGAAAAAAAGUGGCGUAAAUAUUGGAGUGUGGCGCGAAGUGAGCGGUGACCUGACUCAGCAUGAAUCCAAUGACAAUCUUCGAUUGAUUCACACUGCCGGAAAACCAAGAAAAUGUCAUGAGAAGACGCUGGUCACAAAUGCCAGACAGACCUGAGCUCAUACUGCAUCUCAGUCCGGCAACAGUAUUUUCAUGGUUGGAACUGCCCGUCCCAACCUUCAUUACUGCCCUUGCAGACAUAGACUGAUGAUCACCAUUGCCAUGGGAGCAGUGCGAGUCAACAGAUACAGCAUUGUUUCCACGGACGAAGAUGCCCUGAAGAUCUCAGCCUUGGGCCUCCACAAUGGCCACAGUCCUCUGACUCAGCAGACCCUGACCGGGUCGUGCAUGCAGGCCGAGGAUGAAGGAGCAGGAAAAUAUCCUGCAGGCGAAGAAGAACGGGGGGCUCUGUCUCUGAGAGUGACGGAUGACUCAAUUGUCCACAACAGCUGCCAGGCUUCGCCGUCAUGUCGACACGCCGGCGUCGACCUGAGCACCGGUCGUUUGCGCAGCCGAUUUGUGAAAAAGAACGGCCAGUGUAACGUGGUCUUUGACAACAUGGAGGAUAAGCAACGUCGCUACCUGGCUGACAUUUUUACCACCUGUGUGGACAUACGCUGGCGUUACCUACUGCUCAUCUUCACCGCCACCUUCCUUUUGUCUUGGUUGUUUUUUGGUCUGGUCUUCUGGGGAGUGGCGCUGGCUCAUGGAGACUUUGACCUUCACUUCCCUGUGAAGGAAGGAGACUCUCAGAGCAAGGCAGAGGACAGGCAGGACAAGUGGCGUCCCUGUAUCCUGCACAUCCAGGGCUUUAUCGGGGCCUUCCUCUUCUCCAUAGAAACACAAACUACCAUUGGAUAUGGCUUUCGCUGUGUCACCGAAGAAUGCCCAGUGGCUGUGGUGACCGUGGUGGUGCAGUCCAUCGUGGGCUGUAUUAUUGACUCCUUCAUGAUAGGCACCAUCAUGGCCAAGAUGGUGCGUCCCAAGAAACGGGCUCAGACUCUGCUCUUCUCACAUCACGCCGUCAUCGCCUUGCGGGACGGGAAGCUGUGCCUCAUGUGGCGCCUGGGGAAUAUGCGGAAGAGCCACAUUGUGGAAGCGCAUGUGCGUGCCCAGCUCAUUAAGCCCAAAGUGACGGCAGAGGGCGAGUACCUUCCUUUGGAGCAGACGGACAUUGACGUCGGCUACGAUGACGGUUUGGAUCGGUUGUUUCUAGUCUCGCCACUUGUGGUGGUCCACGAGAUCAACAAGACCAGUCCUCUGUAUGACCUGAGCUGUGCCGACCUUCAGAAGGAAGACUUUGAGAUUGUGGUCAUCCUGGAAGGCAUGGUUGAAGCCACGGCGAUGACCACUCAAGCCCGUAGCUCCUAUUUGGCGAAGGAAAUCUUGUGGGGUCACCGCUUUGAACCGGUGGUCUUUGAGAAGGGGAACCGCUACCACGUGGACUACUCUCGCUUCCACAAGACAUACGAAGUGCCAACAACACCAUACUGCAGUGCCAGGGAGCUCGGUCAAAAGGAAGAUAACGGACGGCCGCCCUCAUCCUCCAUUUCCAGUUUCUCGCGGUCCCCAUCCCCCUUUGCUCCGAGGGCAGCCCGCCACCUCCCCGCCCUCCACUCCCCAAGCGCUUUCUGUUACGAGAAUGAGGUUGCACUUUGUUGUGGAGACGAUGAAGAGGAAGGGGAGGCAGGCAGCCUGGGGAUUAAAUGUGAACGAGCAGCAAGUUUGCAAGAUGACCUUCCCGUGGGCUUUAAGGAGACACUCGUAAAGGAGCAGAUGCUCGAGAUGCUAUGCGUGCUGGAGACCGAGAACCAGAUGGCUCUGGACAAACUGCAGCCCGGUCUACCUUUAUACAUCAGUCGGGAAUCUGGAGUCUGAAGAGGCAAGCGAAAGGCCAACAUUUUCUUUGAGCGCGUCCAACCAAAGCAUUGCACUAAUGGUGAAUUCAAGAGUCAAUUCACUUUUUGAACAUGUGAUGACAAGAAACAAUAGUUUUUGCAGGUGUGGUAUCAGCUAGUGUCUCGGUUAGCUCUGGUUUCUAGAAUUGUACAUUUUCAUCGGCAUUGAUCAACCGAGGCAUUGAUUAACCUCCAUCACCAAGCUCAUCUGAAAGACUUCCUUGUUUUUGUCACUAUAACCUGUGUAUGAUCUCUGAAGGAAUCAAGCUUUUGUUCUUGAUUUCACAAUUUUAUUUUAUUUUAUGUAAAUACAGUGUGCUUUUAUUUCAAUAUGGAACGAAUCAAUUUAAUUCAGAUUCAUACAUCAGACACAGAUGCUAGAAAUAUGACAUGUUAGGGUGCUAUCACACCUGUAGUUCACUUUCUCCUGUGCAAAUCAGUCACUGGGUUUGUAAUCUUGGCCAUUUGUUUCCCUCCUUUUUCAGUUACUCCUCAUAAGGUAAAAAAAAAAAAAAAAAAAACGAUCAAAGCGACCUGAAAUACAUCACGACAAACCGAGUGUCUUCAACCAAGUUAUUUUUGUUCGGUGGCAGGCACAGGGUUCUAAACAGGAACAAGGUUUGGUGUAUGUGCUGAAUACAUUUAACAAGCUCUAAUUGAGUCACCGUUACCAAGCCAUGCCAGCGUUUGUAUUGUCCAUUUAGAAUAUUUGAGAAAAGGAACCGCACUGAGGGGUAAGGGAACAAACUUGAGUUUGUUUAAAACUGACCAAUGGCGCUCAGUUGAAAGCAACUAUCAUCAAGAGCUACUUUGUAUGUGUUUUGGCUGACAAAAUCAGACAUUUUUUUAUAUGAGUGGACCACCCAUUUCUAGUGGUCUCUGCUUGUUUGGCAUAAAUGGUAUCAUUGAUAUAUGAUCAAACGAAAUCACACCAGAGUUCAUUUUUAAUGGAAUGAAACCGACAGCUAGUUUGUGUUCAAGUGAGAACACAUUCUUAAAGGAAGCAUGAAGCAUGUAUUCUCACUGCUUAAAUCUAGUUUUUUUUUCCUUUUAACAUUACAAAAAGGAGAUGUCAUAAUUUGCAACAGCAGAAAAAAAAAUCAUGAGUU